ACUGCUGCUCUUGUAAAUACUGCUGCUACGAAUGCUACUACUACUCUUGCUAAUGCUUCUGCUACGAAUGCUGCUACUACUACUGACGACCAUAACGUCAUAUUGUUAGCGGACUUACGUAUGGCUAUUAACUCAAACACGAAAAUUGAUUUACAGGGAAAUAUAUUUUCGGAGACUAUUUAUAGCGCUCUGAGGCAGACCAAGAGAACAGGCUCCAAUAUUCCUCUGCUCAUUAAACUUCUAUAUCAGUUAAGUCUCCAAACCUCGAGGACUUGUGGUGCGAGAGAAGCCGCCGCGGCGAGGGCGCUGAUGGCCACUACACCGCUGCCUAUGUCACCGUGGACCAACGCAAGCACCGAGGAACUAUUCGUGGCCACGUCCUCUGCACCGGACGAGAGCGAGAAUGUGUCGGUGGUGUGGGCGGGGAACCCGGUGGGCGGGGAGGAGGUGAGCCUCGUGUGGGAGGACCUGACUGUGCUAAUAAUCAAGUCUUUCCUGAUGGGCGGGAUCAUUGUGGUGUCCGUCAUGGGCAACGUGCUCGUCAUAGUCAGCAUCGGUCUGCACCGCAAGCUGCAGAUCCUCACGAACUACUUCCUUGUGUCGCUGGCCAUCGCGGAUAUGCUAGUGGCCUCAUGUGCUAUGACCUUCAAUGCCUCCGUCGAAAUAUCAGGGCGAUGGCUGUUCGGAUACUUCAUUUGUGACCUUUGGAAUUCCUUCGAUGUGUAUUUCUCAACAGUGUCUAUUCUGCAUUUAUGCUGUAUUAGUGUGGAUCGAUAUUACGCGAUAGUGAAGCCUCUGGAAUAUCCUCUUUACAUGACCAAACGGACAGUCUCGUUCAUGCUGGCCAACGUGUGGCUGGCGCCGACGCUCAUCUCCUUCAUACCUAUUUUCCUUGGCUGGUACGCGACGGCUGACCAUCUGGAGUUCCGCGCGGAGCAGCCGGAGUCCUGCACCUUCGAGGUGAACAAGGUGUAUGCUGUCCUGUCGUCGGCCUUCUCAUUCUGGAUCCCCUGCACGGUCAUGUUGGUGCUCUAUUACAGGAUCCUUCAGGAGGCGAGGAAGCAGGAAGCGGCUAUCCUGAGCCGAACCAACAGUACUUGCACCAUCAACAACGUUCAACGAAGCUUCUCUACUUCGACUGCGCAACAGCUGUUUGCGGCGUUCGGGCCCAAGCUGAGACGAAAGGCCAAGCGAAGCCAUCAACAGGAGUUCCAGCUCGGACCUCUGCCCCGCAUAUCCCGAUCAGACCUCGGCCACGAGUCCGGCGCUCUCCCCAUGUACAGAUCGGGGAGCAUAUGCCAGCAGUCUGCGUGUACAAAUAACAGAAGAUGUAGCAGAAGCACCGUGAGUGACUCGGGACAGCCGAAUCUGCCAAUCCCUCACGAAAAUAUAAGCUCCUUUGAGGUGAGUCCAAGAACCGUGAGUCCAGAUUUGUCGGUAAACGAGGAGGUCGAAGAGAGACUUGAGGUCACCCCGCGGCCAGAGGUGUCCCGCAGCAGCUCCAUCAGUGUGAACGGGCACACGGGAAGUGGCUUGCCUGUGAGAGUCAUCAGCCCGGUGCCCUUCGGAGGCCGCCAAGAGCUGCCUCACCCUGGUUCCAGCUGCGGCUUUGGCCAUGGCAGUAGCGGCAGCCAUCCCGUGAUGCGACGCGAGCACAAAGCCGCGCGGACGCUCGGCAUUAUCAUGGGCGCCUUCAUCCUGUGCUGGCUACCGUUCUUCACCUGGUAUGUGGCCAUCACCAUCUGCGGCGACGGCUGCCCCUGCCCGCAGGCGGUGGUCACCACGCUCUUCUGGAUCGGGUACUUCAACUCGACGCUGAACCCAUUCAUCUACGCUUACUUUAGGACCGACUUCCGGGAAGCAUUCAAGAAGACGCUGCGGCAGUUCAAGUGCUGUCUGCGGGACGAGGACCUUCCCGGGUCGUUCGUCUGACACCGCGGCUCCGCCUCGCUCGUCCCGCCCGCACGCCGGGACUCUGCGAGCUGGGCGCGGGCUUGAAAGGGCGGAAGUACACUUUUACUAUUGUGGGCUUUCACUGCGAUACUUAUUUCAAAGUCUGAUAAGUCUGCACCGAUGAAAAUUAUAUUAUUUUCCCUUCUGUGACACAUUUCAACUCUUUCCAUUCUUAAUUUAUCGUAACUUGAAGCAUUAAUUUCUAUUAAGAACCAAAAAAUGCUGACAAUAACACAUAUUUCCACAAUGCUAUCGAAACAGGAUUUAAAAUGACACAACAUUCUAGGACCUUCCUUCCAUUCAGAAAAUGCACCAUUUCCCAAGUGACUCUAGGAGCUGUCAAAUGCAGAUCAAAUGCAUAAUAACUGUCCAGCACGUGAGACCCAUAAGUCCUGUGCGGAAAGAAAUAUCCGCAGAGUGGGGCAGAGUGUAAAACUAUACUUUUCAAUGCUCUUGAAUUAUAUUUGUAUAUCAACUUUUUGACCUCAGUCGCUGUAGAAACAUGAACAUUCGGUAUUUCCUUACCCUAAGGGAAUUGCAUUCAUAUUUCCAAUCCUCCUAAAGGAUGUGUAAUUUUUCAAAUUGUAACGGCAGAGAAGCUCUGCCAGUGCAUGGGAACCGUCUGUCAUGAACCUCCGAAGAGGCUGCGGUCAGGCUCGCUAUGUUGCCGUGAAGCAGUGGAAACAUGGCGACGCCUGGCCGAGGAGGCCUCUGCCCGCUGCUGGCGUACACGAUCUGGGAGCAAGACAUCUUUCCGGCAUUGGUUUCAGUACAACAUAAAUACUAGGGUGAUAAAGUAAUAUGCGAGGAUGAUGGUUCCAGGGCGCUAUCCCAGCACUGCGCGUGACCGUAUAUCAAAGGAAUAUCGAUUGUUUGUUCUGAUAAAUUUGGGGAGCAGCUGGUCCUAGAAUCAUAUCGUGGUUAGUCUAAAGGUUUAUAUAUAAACGUACAUCCUUGCUAUAAAUUGAUACAUAAAUGUAUUUCAGAGUUCAUUUGUGGAACUUGAUAAAUAUUAUAAUUUUCAUGUGUAAGUCAUUAGGUAAAAUAUAAUAGAUAAAGAAGGUACACAAAUACACAAGACGGAGAAUUUACUUAGAGGCUACACACAAACACUCAUAAAGUCGAGAAAUGCUAAUAGGAAGCAUAUAAUUUAAGUGACACUAUGCAGCUCAAAAUAAUUUUAUUAUUAGAAAUUCUAUGAAAAUGAGUAUUAGCUUAUAUCAUCACACUAAGAGUUUUUUUUCUCAAAUUAUGUAUGAUCAUAAAAAAUAAUUCUCAAAUUUAAGAGGCUUCUGACGUGAUGGGAUAUUCAUUUUAGAUAGCUUGUAUUUAUCAUGUGAUAUAAUGUAUCUAUUUUCUAUAGGUGUGUGUGGUUGACUGACUGUCGAGCAGCGAUUCUGUUGAGCGGUCAUCACGUAGAAUUUAAUACAAUGUGAGGAUAAUUAUAUGUGAUUAAAAUUUGUCUGGAGUAACAGGAUCCGUGAAACUACCUUUAUUUCUCUCAGGAGUGUAUACAAGAAGUAUAGUAUUAAUACGUAUAUAGUAAAAACUUGCAAAUGAGACAUUGCUCAUAAGUAUGUAUAAGUAGCUAUCUUAUAGGAACAAUUCAGUGCUAAGGACGAGUCCGUCGGAAAACCAUGGGAGCUUGAGAAAUCAAAA